CAGGAGCAAGCAUUUGUAAGUGCAUAUCCGCAUGAAAUGAACGAUCAAUGACAAUCAGUGCUUACUAUCUCGUAGCUGGGCUUACUUUGCCAGUCAUGCUUCGCUUCCUUAUUGCCUCUCAGGGGUUCAACAACGCCGUCCGAUAUGUCACCAUCGUCAUAUCCGUUACAAGUUUCGCAGCAGUGUUGCUUGCACGACCUAAUCCUGCCCAUACAUUCAGAAAGCCGGAGAAGUGGAUGUCCAAGAGAACCUGGGUCGAUACUUCAGCCUUCCGUGAUCCGGCUUUCUGCUGGUUCACGGCGUCGAUCUCGGCCCUCUUCCUCGGAUUUUACUGUGUGUUCUUCAAUCUUGAAGAAUGGGCCGCGACCAACGGGAUCGCGCACAAGGGAACGCCACCUCCGGGAGCGCAAUCAACUCUGUCAACAUAUUGGUUGCUGAGCAUCAUGAACGGCUGCAGCACUUUUGGUCGGCUCAGCUCUGCCUGGCUUUGUGAUCGGUUCGGAGCACUGCACGUCCAUAUGACAGUGACAAUCGUAUCCAGCAUCCUUUGCUUGUUCUUGUGGACAUUUGCCAAUACACUGGCGCCCGCUCUGGCAUUCGCCAUCCUCUUUGGAGCCUUCUCGGGCAGUGUGAUUGGACUGCCACCGGCGUCCAUGGCAGCGAUCCUCGGAGCAGAUGCAAGCAGACAGGCCAAGCUUGGGCAGUGGACUGGUAUGAUGUACACUGCAGCAGCACCAUUCGCGUUGGUCGGACCGGUGAUUGCCGGACACUUGGUUUCCGAGUACGAAACCUAUCUCGGGGUGCAGAUAUGGAGUGGAGCUUGCUUGCUGCUGAGUGCAAUCUGCAUGGGCAUGGCAGUCUUUGUCACGGGCAGAAGGAGAUCAAGAAGCGAGGGCGAUGACAAGGUUUAGUCUCUUGGAUAGAGACGGAAGGUUCGAUGAAUGUUAAUAACAAGACAAGGCAGUCAGGGAGUAGACCGGGUCUAGGAUAGGAUGGCACUGGCGUUCGGGAAGGUUAGAACAAGAUUAGAUACGAAUAACGAAUAUCACGGAUUAUGGCCAAGACAAAAG